CGCGAAUGAGCGAGAUCGAGGUGCUCAGCCCUCGACGUGUGAGCGCUCAACGCUGCACAACACCCGUACUUGUCAUGGUCAGGUAGCGCAACGACAAUCCGAAACUGAAAAUGUCGUCAGAGUCACGAGUGGACAACGGCAGAGCUGCUGGCGGCUCGCGCUACGACGACGCCUCUGACAGCGACGACUACGACAUCCGACCCUCCGCGGAACUGUCAGACGCGGAUCACGAUAUACUGGAAUCUGAGGACGAGCGCGAGCGACUGCUCACACAGAAGGAGGGGAUCUCCGGCUUGUUCAGCUCUGCCGUAAAGAUUGGGAAGCGCGAUGGCGGCAGGAAGAAAGCUGAGAUGGUCGAGCGCAAGAGAGGUCUCAACUCAGGGGCCAGCACACCCACGUACGACACAGAGGAGGGAAUUGGCGAGUCGAGCUCGAGCUUGUUGCGCACGGGACGGAGCUCUGAGAGUGAUGAGCAGCGGUUACUCGCGAGUAGAGUGCAAAAGAAGGCAAAGCGAUCGAGGCGAUUGCGAAGUGUUUGUAUCUACACGUCGAUCACAGGUUUCUUCCUCGUACUGCUUGCUUUCAUAUACCGUCUUUCAAACCCCACAGACAGCCAAAUUACAGCAGCAUUUAUGGCAACUGCUGUCUCGAACGGAACCUCUCUCUUCGCGCCAACAACGAUAUUGAUUUCGCUCGACGGAUUUCGCGCCGAUUUCCUGUACCGCAACCUCACGCCCACGCUCAACCAGUUUGUAGCUGAAGGCAUCUCCCCAAAAUACAUGCUACCCAGCUUCCCCAGCGUGACGUUCCCAAACCACUACACAAUGGCAACUGGAAUGUAUCCUGAGGCGCAUGGGAUUGUAAGCAACAGCUUUUGGGAUCCGGUGCUUGAGAAAGAGUUCUUCUACACCGAUCCUGCGCGCAGUCUCCAGCCAUUCUGGUGGGGCGGGGAACCGCUCUGGGUGACAGCAGAGAGGCAGAACGUCAGGACAGCGGUGCACAUGUGGCCAGGAUCUGAAGCACAAAUCGACAACCAACAAAUUGCAUACGUGGACAAGUACAACGGCUCAGAGGUCCUGGAUCGAAAAGUCGAACGCAUUAUGGAUCUACUCGACGUACCUGGUCCCCAAGACAUAGGCGCGAAGGCUGACGUCCCUCGUCCGCAACUCAUCGCAGCGUAUGUACCCAAUGUCGAUGGCGAUGGGCACAGGUAUGGGCCGAACAGUACGGAGAUUCGUCAAACCAUCUCCAGCGCAGACGCUUUGAUUGGCGGUAUUCUCAAGGGUCUGCAAGAGCGCAACCUCACCGGCAUUGUCAAUGUUGUUGUCGUCUCUGAUCACGGCAUGGCCACUACCGAUGUAUCCCGUAUGAUCCAGCUAGAGGACCUUGUCGAUCCCGCCGAGCUCUCACACAUUGAUGGCUGGCCGUUGUAUGGCCUCAGACUCAAAGACCCCAAUAAUCUUCAGCCACUGUACGAGAAGAUCAAGCGCGAACACGGGGACAACCCAAACAUCGAGAUAUAUCUACGCGAAAACAUGCCUGAGCGCUACCACUUUUCGCAGAACGACCGCAUAGCUCCACUCUGGAUCAUACCAAAAGCAGGCUGGGCGAUCGUUGCGAAAAGCGAAUUCGACGUUGAAGAGGGCAAGAAAAAUGGCGAGGUAUAUCAUCCGCGCGGUCUGCACGGCUAUGAUCACGAACACCCUCUUAUGAGGGCCAUUUUUGUUGCUCGUGGCCCAGCGUUCCCUCACACACCAGGGAGUCGCAUGGAACCUUUUCAAAAUAUCGAGUUGUACAACAUCAUUUGCGAUUCCAUUGGCUUGACUCCGGCACCCAACAAUGGCACGAUGCGUCUCCCUCUGAAGCCGGUCGGCCUCCACGACGACGAAGAUGACAUGCCCAACGAAACGCCUUCUGACCCUGUCGGUAUUCACUCGUUGGUCUCCGCGCCCACUCCUGCAGCGACCGUAUCUGCAGUCAUGUCCUCAUCAUCCAGCCUUGCUGCUUCGUCAUCAGGGAUUGAGGGAACGACUGCUUCGCUAGAAGCAAGUGUGUCCACAUCAACUGAGACAAGUACAACAACCAGUGCACCGCCUGCGACGAGCAGUAAGCCGCCACAUAAGCAUUGGUGGGAUUGGCUCACGGAUAAGGCUGAUGAGAUUGAAAGUUGGGUUGAUGAUUUUGUGCACAAGCAUGAUCCUCUCAAGGAUGACAAAGUCAAACAGGACGAAUAGUGAUAGGCUCAAUUAACUACAGUUUGAGGUUUUUAUGUGGAGGCUUGUAUAGACAUAGGAGUUUUUGUAAUAUUGAUACCCAGCUUCUUCACAGAUGAACGU